AUGGCGUUACGACUUCCUCUUCGUUCACUCUCGCGUGGAAUUUUCGCCGCCAGGAGUUUGAGGUUUGCCCCUGUUUCCGCAGUCAACAGGUUUUCCUACGCCACGUUAGCCGAGGUGAAAAUUGCCUUCUCUGUUUGGCGCUAUUUUAUUUUCGAGUCUUGUGAAAAUGACUUAUCCCAGAAUCAUAAUGUAUGGACUGAAAGUGUUAAGCUUAAUGUAAAAAUGAUUUUGUGGCUCUGUUAUGAGAACAUGCCUUAGGCUAAAUAAUUUAAAUGUCAUGAAUCAGUCAGGUCGUUUGCAAUUUAAGAACUGUAGCGCAUCGUCUUUCCAAAGUAUAAAUUAUUUGCUUAAAGUCACGGUGACAUUGUAAACGAUAAUUUAGAUUAACAGACCUUAUUGUUGACACUUCCCUCGUUUGAACUUUUCAUGAAGCUAAACUUCAAAAUGCUCAGCACAGUACAAUACAAUACAAUACAAUACAAUACAAUACAAUAACUUUCAUGUCAACACGAUGGUGAUUAAAGCGUUGCCGCUUAUGGGGUCGUGCAGACAAGCUAACUAAAACUUCAGCAAUAAAAGUAUACUAAAAUCGUCUUAAUAAUAUAAAAAAUUAUCGUUAUCAUUGUGAGGCAUAAUUGUUUGUGGAGAUUCAGUCCGAAAAUCUAAUUUACGUAGUUUGUGUUGUGGAGUAACAAAAGUGUCCAUUGUUAUACCUCAUCAUUCUUUAAGGCGUUGUGACAGGUAGCAGGGUAUUCUGAAGUUGUUGUAUAUCCUUCCAUCAAUAUAUAGAUUGAACAUGUUCACUCUGAAAAAAAUAAAAAUCAUGUUACAAACAAGAAAUGUGCCUUAAAUAAGACAUAAUAGGUGCUAUUUGAAGUAUGCAGUUUACUCAGUUGACAAAACCUAAAAUUUGAAUCAACAAACAAUGAGUGCACCUAAAAUAUAGCACAAUAGGCACUAUUUGGAGUAUGCAGUUUGGUAAUUUAUUAGCAAUUCAAAUUUUAGGUACAUAAAUGCAUGCACAUGUUGAAUCAGUUGAUUGGUAAUCGAAACAUAAUAAUGGCAAGCCUGUGAUCAUGCUCUCCCUUUAGCUCUGUAAUCUGUUUUUGGGAGGAAGGCAUGAUACAAUCCUGAAGAAUCUGGACUAUCUCUGAUUGGAUAGGAAACAAUACAGAUGAUUUGCACUGUUCUGAUUGGCCAAAAUGCCGCCAUCCGUUAGUUGUUGUUGUUUUCAGUCUGCAUUUUUGCUUGCGCAAUAAGCAGUAAAUACACAUGCAAGUUCAUUAUGAAAUUUCUGCUGGCUCUAUUUUCUUGAAUUUGAAGAAUGUCUAAAUAGAAAUUUCAUCCAUUGAAAUAUUUUCCAUCUCAUCGUAUACUAAAUAGUUGCAGUCAAAAAUUCGCCGUUCAUUUGAACGCUGUUUGACACUGGGUACAAGUUACAGAAGGGACAAAUGGAUUCACUUUUCAAAUAAUCAAUUUAUGAAUUCGGAAUGGCAUCUUGACCUGGUUUGACUGUAAUUCUGUCGGUUCCUCUUUUUUCCAAACAAAAAAGCAACUUAGUUCUAAUGACUUCAUGAACAGAAAAUAUAUCAUUAAUCCAAAUGAAAUUGUAUUUAUGUGUUUUGAUAAACGCCCACUGAUUUUAUGUCAUGCUUUUAAGUUAUGCAAACACUAUAAUUUAUUUCAGUCAUUUUUUCACACAAUUCUUUAUAUAGGUUUACUGCGCAGAAUUUGGUUAUGUGCAAAUUUACAUAUUCUUGUCAUUUGGUCUUUCCUUGUAAGAGUUGGUUGUGCAUUUGGCUGGUAAAUUGAAACUUGAAAGAAUUUUCUGUUAGUGUUAUUAUUAUUGAUUGAUUGGAAAACGUGCCUUUUUUUUCUCAACUUAGUACCCAGAACACCAGAAAAUGCAAGUUAGGAUUUUGGAGUUUCAAAAUUUUCUGGAGGAGCAUGCCCUCAAGUCCCCCCAGAAGAAGGGGACAAAUGGACCUUGUUCGAUACAGUGGGUUACUCUAUUCACACCUGCUGGCUACUUUAAUUGUAACUGAAACCCCUGGGUUCCACAGAGGCAGGGGGCCCCUGAUACUAUGAGCAUGACCAUGAAUUAGGUUAAAUACUAUUAUGGGAAAUAGAGUUCCUUACUUUCAUAGCUAGGAAACAAAAGGAAAAUAUGAGAUCAAUUAACCAAGCAGAUCAAUUCAGACUUAUUCUAGUACUUGAUGGCUUACUGUGCAUAACCGGCAACUUCAAAUCCGUUUUUAGUGACAGCCGUACUGUAACUUACCUAGUAAAGAUUACUGUAUAAUUAAGAGCCAGACAUUAAUAUGAAAAUCAUUCCUUAAUUUUCCCUUUUGCAGGUCCAAAUUGAUGAUAGCCCAGAAGUAAAAUACAACCAGGUAAGCUUAUAUACCCUGUUAAUGAGGCUGCAAGCAAAGGGUUUUAGAAGCCAAACAAUAAUUUUGCCCAUGCUAGAACACUUUUUGCACAUUUCCUUGCUGUCACUGCACAACAAUGACAUGAAAUUUCCUUAUGCCAUGAUGUUAUGGUGGAUCGAGGACAUGAUGCAUUUUUCCUUCUUCCUCUAAACUUGAGUGCGGUAUCCAAGAAUUUUAUUUUUACUCCAGGGAAAUUCGUGCGCACCUAAAUUUUUGACAUUUUAAGCAAUUUUCAAACACAUCAUAGUUUGGGAAAAAAAAAACAGAAAAUUUGUUCUUUCUGUAAGUGGCCACAUUUUCACUGUUAAUGCUACAAGACAGCAAUGCUAACGUUCCCUAGUGAACAUGCUGUGAUAUGGGAAGAGUGCUUACCAUUGACAGAAAAAUCUCACCAGAGUUUCCAAAGCAUAACGGUAAGCAAUUUAUUAGUUUACUGCAGAAUUCUCACUCUUGUUACAGUUUCUAGUCACUUAAUGACUAAUGAAGGUCGAGGCUGUCAGCAUGUAGCCAUUAAGUCCAGAAUUAAGCUGAAAAAUUUAGUCCUGAACAGUAAGGGCCAAAUAUUUAAACAUAGUUUAGCAAAUAUUUAACAAAACCGUGUUCUGUGUCAUUUUCAAUUUGCCCAAAACUUUUAUCUCAACAUCAUUUAUUGUGAACAUUUUUAUGAAAGCAUAUAGAGAAGACUAGAAAAGCAUUAAUCUUCUUAAAACAACCCACCAAAGAGGAGAUCUGGAGGUUCAAAGAUUUGUUAAACCGCAGCUCAAGUUAGACUUCGUUUAAAUAUUUGGCCCUAAAUGUUUCACCUAACUCUCAAACUUUGUCAUUGUAGGUUUUUAUCAACAACAGGUUUGUGGACUCUGUCAGUGGCAAGACAUUUCCAACAAUUAACCCUGCCACAGGAGAGAAAAUAUGUGAAGUUGCUGAAGGUGACAAGGUGUGUUAAAUAAAUCAGGAUUACAUGUAUGUAUUUUUGUUUAAUACAAAAAGUGUACAUAAUGUACAGCUGUAGGAACUUAAAGAUGGAAUUAUAGUUUAUGAGUGAAGUACAUAUAAAAAUUUAUAUUGUUAUUAUCAGGGAUGCAUUAUUCAUUUUUUAUCAGACCUUGUUUCAAUUUGCUUGCCUGGACAAAAGUGCAUGUGCAGUUUUUUGAGUUGUCAUGAAUCUUGACUCAGAUUCUAAGCAAAGUGAAGAGCAGGCUCCAGCCCUCCAAAUGAGUAAUUACACUUGCCUUAUUGUAUAUCAAUGCAUCCGUCAAUUCCAGCUGCACCCAGGUCCCCCCCCCCCUAACCCCAUUUGCAUUUGCCCUCAUUGUCAGUCCCGCGGGUGGGGCAUUUGCAAAUCUUGUGCUGCCCAGGGGCCAGGCAUUUGCCAACCCUGGGGCUCUUCCCAAGCUUUUGAUGGGUGAAGCUGGAAUUGACUGAUGCAGAAUUUUAUUCAUUUGUUUAUGUGACAAUUAUUUCAUCUCAUUUUAUUUUAUUUUAGGCUGAUGUUGACGUUGCUGUAAAGGCAGCCAAGGAGGCCUUUAAACUUGGUAGUCCUUGGAGAACAAUGGAUGCUUCAGAACGUGGAAAUUUGUUAAACAGACUGGCAGAUUUGCUUGAACGUGACCAUGCUUAUCUUGCUGUAAGUGCUGUAAAAUCCCGGGGUACAGGUGAAUACAUGUGUGUGCCACCAUGAUUGCAAUUUUGGACCCAGCUGAUUUACAUGUUGGGGAAAAAAUAGGAUGCAGCAUUCACAAUGAUAACCAUUCCACUAAGAAAUUAAGGCCAAUUAAUACCUUAUUGUAGAACUCUCUCAUUUUAAAGGCUUGACACCAUAUGGUCUGGAAAGGAAGUCCUAAACCAUAAUCCCUAUAGAUAUGGAGGCACGUACCAUAUUGUUAUCUUUAAGGACCCCCUACCCCUCCCCUCCCCACAUUGUUAAUGUGUAGCUAGUAAUGUGAUUAAAUUAGUAGGGUUUUUUUCUAUUAAUCAGUCUGCUUGGUUCUUAUACAUGUAGUUAAUGUGGAGUGGAUUUUUUUGCUCACAAUUAUCUGUAGAGUUUGGAGACCUUGGAUAAUGGCAAGCCAUUCAGUGACUCUUUUGAUAUAGACUUAAAAUUGACCAUAAAGUGUUAUCGAUAUUAUGCUGGAUGGGCAGAUAAGAUCCAUGGCAAGACAAUUCCAAUUGGUGAGUUGGGUCAUAAACACUGUUUUUUUUUUAUUGAAAGAAUGGAUGCCUAUGAAAGAAUAAUACUUCAGUGGCUUAUUAUAGUAUCUGUAUUAUAUUAUAGUAUCUGUAUUGUAUUAUAGUAUCUGUAUUAUAGUAUAGUAUUUCAAGCUGUUGGGUAUAUGUAAUUAGUAGGAGGGGAAUUGCCAAGGAAAGAAGUUCUUUUGGUUCCAUUUUCCUUUUGUUUUUUACCCAUGUAUGAAAGAAGUGGGGCCGACGCUCAUAGUAGCCUGGGGAAAUCCCCGGCUCUGGGCUGUUAGUGACAGCCCUGAAUGUACAUAUACAAUGUAAGAUCAAAAUUAUAUUUAGUUAAAAUGUUACAGUUGAACCUCUUUACAAUGGCCACCUUGGAGACAGAAGAAAGUGGCCAUUGUAAAGAGGUGGCAGUUGUAGAGAGGUUUUAACCCCUCAGGUCCCAAGAGUGGCCAACAUCAAUUUUCUCCUAACAACAUCAGCAAAUCAUUAAGAGUAAAGGUUAUGAGAAUUAAUAAAUUGAUUACCAAAGGGAGAAUGAUUUGAUCCUAAACCAAAUUUUCUCAGCUAUUCUUAAAACAAAUGUAUGGAGAUCAGUCUGGCGAAUUUGUAUUUGGAUCUUGGGGCUUAAAGGGUUAAACAAGAGUCAUAAAGAGGUGGCCACUGUAGAGGUGGCCACUGUAGAGGUGGCCAUCAGUGGAGGUUUGACUGUAUUUCACCCAGGUUAAUUAACAAUUAUUCCUCGAGCCCGAACGGGCUCUGACUCAAUAGCCCAUGAGGCGGAAGACCAAAUGGGGUAUUGACUUAGAGGUUAUGAGCGCGAGAGGAAUAAUUGUUUUAGUAAAAUCCUAGUAGUUGGUCAGAAAUAUCGAGUUAAAACCACUGUAGCUACAACCCCGGACAAAACUGUUGAGACAAUUCCAUCUAUUUUGUAACUUUUGCGCCCUACUCCCAUCUCCCCUAAACACAAAAAGUAAACCCCCUCCCCACCCCCUAUUCAAAGUUGCCUUGGUUUAAAAACCAACGUGUAUAAUUGCCAUGCUAUCCUAAACAACUUUGGAUAAGGGGAGGGGGGAAAUCGGGCAUUCAUUUAGCGGCAGUUUCAGUUUUUGCCGGGAUGACAGGAAAAAAUAGGCAUUUUCGCGAUUUGUCUCAACAGGUUUUGUCCGGGGUUGUAGCAAAACGUGAUUCAGCCGCCAUUGUUUUGGUUUUCAAAGCUGGCGCUUUUCGCUACUAGUGGGCUAUAACAGCCUGGUAGCAGCUCAACCAAUCAGAAUGCAGCACUGAUAAUAGCCCACUAGUUGGAUUUUACUAAUAAUUGUUAGUUCCCUUUGGCUGAUCUACAGUUGACUUUUUCUUAACGGACACCUCUAGAAUUGAUCCCUGGCUUUCUUUAUUCCCUUUAUUUGACUAUCUAUUAGCCGGACAUCUCUCUAAGACGAGACAUACUUUAUAGUACUAGUUCCCAAGGUGUUGGUCGUAGAAACAGUUGACUGUUGUCCGUUAUUACUCUAGAAUUACAUGUAGGCAAGGAGACCGCAAGGAGAUUAAAAGAAUCAACCUUCAACUUAGGUUUAAAAAAAUCAAGCUGAAAUUUAAUUUUGCCUUCAGAAAUUUCUGGAACAUCUUUGGCAACCUUUAAACAUCCUGACAUAUAGUGUGCUGGAUGAUUGGGUCUCCUACAAAGAAUCGUUACCUUUAAUUAUGAAAAAUCCUUACCUUAUCCUGUUUCCUUUCACCACUAAAAAAGUCGAUUGGCAGGUGUUAUAACCUAGAAAAUGUACAUGUUUUAUUAGUCUGAAAAAAAGAUAAAAUUGAACCACAAGCAUAAUUUUGUCGAUCCCCUUAUACAAAAUCCUGGUUUUUGGUAUAUACAUGUACAGUAAAGGCAACAGUCUGCUGCUUGGUUCUGUCUGUAGGGAUCCAACUAUAAUGCUAUCUGAAUUUGUUUAGAUGGUGACUUCUUGUGUUAUACACGUCAUGAACCAGUUGGCAUUGUUGGUCAAGUGAUUCCUUGGAACUUCCCAUUGUUAAUGCAGGCAUGGAAACUUGGCCCUGCUCUUGCUACUGGGAAUGUAGUGGUAAUGAAACCCGCUGAGCAGACACCCCUCACUGCAUUGUAUGUUGCAUCACUUAUUGCAGAGGUACAUGUAUAGCUAGUGAAUUUAUUUUUUUCCAUAAUUAGUAAAUUACAGUAGCUGUUACCUCUUUUUAAGAAAAGAUGGCAUUAUUUGUCUCUGGUUAGUGAAUUUGUCAGUAUAGCAGUGUCUUGAAACAUACAUGUAAAUUUUCGAGAAUCUUUUUUAUCAAUAUCUAGCACUCCUCUGUCAAAAACGUUUUUCUGCAUGAUAGUAUGAGAGUAUGGACACAAAUUCCAGCAAAGAUUCCAAAUGAUGAGAACGCAAAAAAGAUGGGCGGUUCCCUUGAAAAUUUUAGAGCACGUUGACAUCUGCAUUUCUCUUAUCUCCAUUUGUUCGCUAGGUGGCCAUGAUUGUAUUUAUUCUUAAGACACAAAGUAAGUUACCGUAAAAUUCCGAAGAUAAGCCCCUCCAAAAAUAAGCCCCCCCAAACCGGUAUCACAAAAAACCUUCCGUUAAAUCGCCCCUCCGAAUAUAAGCCCCCCUGUGGCUUGUACUUGGAAAAUUGCCCUCAAAUACAAAGUAAAACAAAGCAAAAACGGUAAAUUUACUUCCAACUAUAAGGCUAGCCCAAUCGAUUUUGAAACGCAAAUUUCCCUCUGUAGAUAAGCCCCUCUGAAUAUAAGCCCCUCCAAAAAUAACCCCCUCAAAAAGGGCCUUUGAAAAAUAUAAGCCCCGGGGCUUAUUUUCGGAAUUUUACGGUAGUUCCCACGUCGUUAGUUGACUGUUUUGUGUACCAAUGAAAUGUU